GAGCAUGGCCUGGACUUCCAGCGGCUCCUGGACGCCAGUGCCUACAAGGAGCAGUUCCGGCAGGACAUGAUCCGCUGGGGUGAGGAAAAGCGCCGCGCCGAUCCCGGAUACUUCUGCCGGGCAGCAGUGCAGGGGGUGGCACAGCCUGUCUGGGUGGUGAGCGACACGCGGCGCCUGUCGGACGUGGAGUGGUUCCGCGACGUCUACGGGGACUCGGUGCAGACUGUGCGGGUGGUGGCGACGGAGGAGACGAGGAAGAGGAGGAACUGGGUCUUCGUUGCUGGGGUGGACGAUGCCGAGUCUGAGUGUGGCCUGGACCAGGGAGUGACCUUCGACUGGGUGAUCACCAACGAUGGGGAUGAGCUGGCCCUGAGUGAGCAGCUGGACAUGCUGCUGCAGUCGCUCCAAAGGAGCUUAUAG